AUUGAUUGUGAAACAAGAAGAGACGUUAAGAGUGAACAUCGAACCAGGAUGGAAGAAAGGGACCAAGAUAACAUUUGAAGGAGUAGGGAACGAGAAACCUGGCUACCUCCCUGAAGACAUCAUAUUCGUGGUUGAAGAGAAGAGACACCCUUUGUUUAAAAGCCGUGGAGAUGACUUAGAGAUUGCGGUCGAGAUACCUCUUCUCAAGGCUUUAACGGGGUGUAAACUCUCUGUGCCGCUACUGACUGGUGAGUCAAUGUCAAUAUCUGUGGGAGAAGUGAUCUUUCAUGGAUUUGAGAAGGUGAUUAAAGGUCAAGGUUUGCCAAAUGGUAAAGAAGAUGAUGGUAAACGUGGGGAUUUGAUAAUAACGUUUUUAGUGAGUUUCCCUAAAGAGUUGAGCGAAGAACAUAGAUCUAUGGCCUAUGAGGUUUCACAAGUUGAGGCUUUAAAGUUGUAA